AUGAAUUCGUCACUCUUUUUCUGCCCGAAGGGAACAUUGGAGCUUCCCAGAAUUGAUUCUCCGCCCAAACCGAAACGAGAGCAAACGGAAAAACCAAAAGUGAAUGAAAAGAACGGUCGAAAGAGAAUUAUCCACAAACCCAAACCUGCGUGGAUGGGACCGCCCAGAGAUCCUCCAGAACACGGAAAACUCACGAUCCCGCAAGGGAAGGAGGACUGUCUCGACGGCCUUGUGUUUGUUGUGACGGGAUUAUCAAAGUAUCUCACUGUGCAAGAGAUUAGUGAUCUCAUCUUCGACCAUGGAGGUGUUGAAAGAACGGCGGUCAGCGGAAAAACGAACUAUCUGGUGGCUGGCUUUGAAAUGGAGGAUGGCCGCAAGAUUACUGAGGGAGCACAAUACAAAGCAGCUAUUAAGAAGAAGGUGAAAAUCAUUUCUGACGAAGAUCUCGUCAAAAUGAUUGAAAAGAGUAUUGAAAAGAAGGAAGAGGAAAAGAAAUAG